AUGUGUGGCCAGACUGUAUCCCAGUCAGAUCCCGCCAGCACCUGGGAUGAAAUAGUUGGCUACUGGGCUAGUAAAAAAAAUGAUUUCAAGUAUGGCGUUGGGCGUAUUAAUCCCAGAGUAAACAUUCAUAGCUAUACACAGGCUAUUUGGUAUAAUUCAUACAUGGUGGGGUGUGGAGUUUCUUAUUGUCCAAAGAAUAAAUUUCCUUUCCUGUAUAUCUGCCAGUACUGCCCUGCAGGGAACAUACGAGGCCAAAUGGAGAGACCCUACAAAAAAGGCCCACCGUGUGGAGACUGCCCUAAAAACUGUGACAAAAAACUCUGCACCAACCCCUGCAAGUAUGUGGAUCGUAUCGAAACUUGCAAGAAACUAAAAUCAGUGAUGGGCUGUAAAGCAGCCAAUAAGGAUGGACUUUGCAAAGCCACCUGCAAAUGCCGGAACAAAAUUAAAUAA